AUGGAAAAGAAAGAGAAAAAGAAAAAACUUUUACAUGUUCGCUCUGAGUUUGUGAAGAGAGUUUCUGAGGAAAACCUGAUUCAGCUCCUCAAUGACCUUGAAACCGAUGGUGUCUUUAAUCUUUUGGAGAAACGGGCGAAACUUGAAGAGAAUCAAAGUACAGCGAACAAGGCCCGGGAGACCAUUGAUGAUGUGAGGAAGAAAGGACAGAAAGCCUGCAGAUUGAUGAUCAAACGUCUUCAUCAAAUAGAUCCGACUCUGUCCAAUGAGCUGGGUUUGUCCUCUGACUCCUCUGCUAAAGAGGAAAAACUUUUCAAGGUUCGCAUUGAGUUUGUGGAGAGAGUUUCUGAGGAAAUCCUUUGUCAGCUCUUCGAUGGUCUUGUAUCGGAUGACGUCUUUAAACAUUUGGAGAAAGAAGAAAUACUGCACAAGUACAAAAGUAGGGCUGAUAAGGCCCGCAACACCAUAGAUGCCGUGGAGAAAAAAGGAAAGAAAGCCUGCAGAUUGAUGAUCAAACGUCUUCAUCAAAUAGAUCCGACUCUGUCCAAUGAGCUGGGUUUGUCCUCUGACUCCUCUGCUAAAGAUUUUGAUGUUCGGUGUCAACAGGAGCUUAAAGAGCAUCUGAAGAAGAAGCUCCAACGUCUCUCUGAAGGCGUCGCUGAACCUGGAAAUCAAACGUUUCUGAACCAGAUCUACACAGAGCUCCACAUCACAGAGGGGUUAACUAGAGAGGUCAACCAGGAACAUGAGGUCAGACGGAUUGAAACAGCAACCAGGAAACAAGAAACAAUCAGGAGAGAAGAAAUCUUUAAACCUGGAAGAGAUCAACCAAUCAGAACAGUGAUGACAAAGGGAGCAGCUGGUAUUGGAAAAACAGUUUUAAUACAGAAGUUCACUCUGGACUGGGCUGAAGGCAAAACCCACCAGAACAUCCAGUUCAUAUUUCCAUUCACUUUCAGAGAGCUGAAUGUACUGAAAGAAGAAAAGUUCAGCUUGGUGGGACUGAUUCAUCACUUCUUUACUGAAACCAAAGGAAUCAGUAACUUUGAACAGUUCCAGGUUCUGUUCAUCUUUGAUGGCCUGGAUGAGAGCAGACUUCCUCUGGACUUCCACAACCAGGAGAUCCUGACUGAUGCUACAGAGUCCAGCUCACUGAAUGUUCUGCUGACAAACCUCAUCAGGGGGAAACUGCUUCCCUCUGCUCUCCUCUGGAUAACCACACGACCUGCAGCAGCCAGUCAGAUCCCUCCUCACUGUGUUGGCAUGGUGACAGAGGUCAGAGGGUUCAAUGACCCCCAGAAGGAGGAGUACUUCAGGAAGAGAUUCAGAGAUGAGCAGCAGGCCAGCAGGAUC